AUGACACCUCCGAAUGUUGGAGAAGAGUGUGUUUGUUAUUUAUUUUUAUUAAUAUAUAUUUGUAUAUUAGAUAUAAUGUCAUCAGUAACAAUAUUUAGUCAAUUAACAUCAAAGACUUUGAUGAGCAGUAGUGUUAGAACGAUUAGUUGUUCGAGCAGAUUCAAAUGUACUACAACACAACAACCUUUGAAAAAGACUGCACUCAACAAGUUGCAUCGUGACUUGGGUGCCAAGAUGGUAGAGUUUUGUGGUUGGGACAUGCCUUUGAUGUAUCCAACCGGUGUAUUGACCGAGCACAUGCACUGUCGUCAAAAGAGUGCAUUGUUUGAUGUUUCACAUAUGGGUCAGUUGCGUUUACACGGUCGCGACCGUAUCGAGUUUAUGGAAUCGAUUUCAGUGGCCGAUUUGCAAGCUGCUCAAGAGAACAAGUCAAAGUUGUCUGUAUUCACCACCGAGAAUGGUGGUAUCAUUGACGACACGAUGAUUACUAAAAAGGCCGACUCGUUGUACGUUGUUGUGAAUGCCGGCUGUGCCGAUAAGGACAUUGCUCACAUGAACAACAAGAUUGCCGAGUUUCGUGCCAGUGGUAAAGACGUUGCCAUGGAGUUGAUGGGUGACAGCGCAUUGGUUGCUGUGCAAGGACCUGAAACCGAACGUAUCGUCAGCCAAGUGUUGGGUCGCGAUCUCUCCAAGAUGGAGUUUAUGACACAGAUGGACAUGACACUUGACGGUAUUGACUUGAUCGUCACACGUUGUGGAUACACUGGUGAAGACGGUUUUGAAAUCUCUGUACCAAACAAACACGCCGAACAAUUUACAAGAAUGUUGCUCGAUGCUGAAAGCGGUGUUGUCGUCAAGCCAGCCGGUCUCGGUGCACGUGACAGCUUGCGUCUUGAAGCUGGUCUCUGUCUCUAUGGUCACGAUAUGGAUGAAACUAUCACUCCAAUUGAAGCAUCUUUGGCAUGGCUCAUCACCAAGCGUCGUCGUGAACAAGGUGGUUUCCCAGGUGCAUCGAUCAUUCAACAACAACUCAAAGAAGGUGUCUCCAAGAAGCGUGUUGGACUCUUAAGUGGUAUUCCAGUCCGUGAAGGUGCUGUCAUUGUCGACAAUGACGGUAAAGCCAUCGGCAAGAUCACCUCUGGCACAGUCUCCCCAGUCACCAAACAAUACAUCUCUAUGGGAUACGUCCCAACCGAAUCUUCCAAGGCCGGUUCUAAUGUUACUAUUACUAUUCGUAACAAACCAGUUAAAGGAGAAGUUGUAGUAAUGCCAUUUGUUAAAACAAAUUACAAAAGACUUUAA